AUGGUUUGGUGCUGCAUGCCACGGCGUAUGAAAAGCCGAGCAAAUGCCAAGAAAGGUCCAACCCAAAACGACUGGGUCGUGCUGGCGCAGUGAGGGGAAACAGCGUCCAUCAAUACAGCCGAGCGGGAGUGAGCUUGGAGCGCGUGCACGACAUCUGUGUGGUGCUCGCGGCGGGUGACCUGCACGUCAUCACAAACCGUACAGUCAGCGCUGCGCUCGUCAGUAGAAGUGAAGCUGCUGCCGCUGUCCCGUUUCAAAUCAUAACGCAACAACCCAGUCCUCUCUAGAGCGACCGGAGAGAGAACUCCCAGCCACGGCCACGGUGUAUAUCUCUGCAGAGGACAAGUGAAGCAUCCCCCGCUGCCAAGCUGGAGCAAGCAGUCCACUGUCCGCCGCAGGGGCAGCAGCAGCAGUUCCAGUGGACCGGGACGGAGCGGCAGCCGCCCCCUUGGACCGAUGAAUUGGCCGAGAUGUCCCGGCACAUCUACACCCGUCAGGGCAUCGCCGAGGGGCCCCAGAAACCCGUCUUCCAGGCGAACAGGGGGACCUACUCCAGACGGAGCCGUCUGAAGAGGUCAGACGGCAGCACCACCUCCACCAGUUUCAUCCUCAGACAGGGCUCUGCCGAUUCCUACACAAGCCGACCGUCGGACUCGGAUGCGUCCCUGGAGGAGGAGAAGGAGGGCGGUCGGCAGGAGAGGGAGCAGCAGGCCACCGUCCAGCUCGAGAGGGCCAAGACCAAAGCGGUGGCCUUCGCCGUGAAGACCAACGUCAGCUACUGCGGCGCCCUGGACGAGGACGUCCCCGUGGCGGGAACAGCCAUCUCCUUUGAUGCAAAGGACUUCCUGCACAUCAAAGAGAAGUACAACGACUGGUGGAUUGGCCGGCUGGUGAAGGAGGGCUGUGACGUGGGCUAUCCCAGCCCGCUGAAGCUGGAGAACAUCCGCAUUCAGCAGGAGCAGAAGAGAGGGCGUGCCUAUGGCAGUAAGUCCGGUGGGAAUUCCUCUUCCAGUCUUGGAGAUAUGGUCUCAGGCACGUAACCAAACCCCAACACCACAGGGAAGCAGAAGCAGAAAGUGACUGAGCACGUUCCCCCCUACGAUGUGGUGCCAUCCAUGAGGCCAGUGGUCCUGGUGGGUCCCUCUCUGAAAGGCUAUGAGGUGACGGAUAUGAUGCAGAAGGCGCUGUUUGACUUCUUGAAGCACAGGUUUGAUGGGAGGAUAUCCAUCACCAGGGUAACGGCUGACAUAUCCCUGGCCAAGAGGUCUGUGUUGAAUAACCCCAGUAAGAGGGCCAUCAUAGAAAGAUCCAACAAUCGCUCCAACCUAGCGGAGGUCCAGAGUGAAAUUGAGCGGAUAUUUGAGCGCCGGUCUCUACAGCUUGUGGUGUUGGACGCUGACACCAUCAACCACCCCACGCAGCUCCUCAAGACAUCGCUAGCACCCAUCAUCGUCCAUGUUAAAGUCUCCUCACCCAAGGUUCUCCAGCGGCUCAUCAAAUCCAGGGGGAAAUCCCAAAGCAAACAUCUGAAUGUGCAGCUGGUGGCCGCGGACAAGCUAGCUCAGUGCCCUCCGGAGAUGUUUGACAUCAUUCUGGACGAGAACCAGCUGGAGGACGCGUGUGAGCACCUGGCGGAAUACCUGGAGGCCUACUGGCGCGCCACGCACACCUCCCUGAGCACACCGCUCAACCCCCUACGCCGCAACCUGGGCUCCACCGCCCUUUCGCCCUACCCCGCGGCCGUGCAGGGGCAGAGGAACCGCAACAGCAACCACGCGGCGGGCGACACCUCCCCGGUGGAGCGCCGCAGCCUGAUGCCGGCGGACGAGAAUUACCACAACGAACGCAUGCGGAAGAACCGCAACCGCCUCUCCUCGGGGUCGCAGCACAGCCGCGAGCACUGCCCCCUGGUGGAGGAGGACUUCCAGGACCCUUACCAGGACUCGUACAAGCCCCACAGAAACCGCGGCUCCCAAGGAGACUUCAACCAGGACUCAAGGCACAGGCUCUGAGCCGGCUGUCCCGACUUGACCCUGCCGCCCCCCCCCCCACCCCCCCCCCCCCCGACUGGUUCUGGUUUUAGAAGGACUGCCAUGAUCUUUGUCUUUAUUUUCGUGCAGAGUAGUUUAUGGCUUUCCUUUGGCCACACUUCCUCCCAACUGGAGGAAGGCGCAUUGGAAAACCAAUCGAUUUUCAGGUCACAGAUUCCUUUCUUGACUGUAUGUCAACAAAGGGAGUGUUAUGAGCCUGAAAGUACUGAAGGCGCGCAGGGUAUGUUGGCAGGUUUCCUCGGGACCACUUUUGAAUACGUCAACAUGAAGUGUAUUGUCACCAAAACUAACAUGCACUAGCUAGUUCGUGUCUGACCUAGUUAGCCCUUGCAGACCUUAAUUGCUGUAUUCUGAGCUGUUCCUGUAGCAUGCAGGUGGGACGGUCGCAGGUACUGUCCAGUGCCUGAGACCGGGUGACAGGUACCGUCAGUGUCUGAGACUGGGUCACAGGUACUGGCCAGUGUCAGAGCAGCAUCAAGCAUCCGGUGGUGAUUAUCGCCACAAAGAAAAAAAGUAAAACCGAUUUGCACGUUUCUGGUAGAAAGCAGAGUGCAAUGCAUUGUCAAUGAUUAAGCUCCUUCUUUCGUUUGCUGUUGUCUUGGAUGUGGGUGUAUUCGAUCCUGUGAAAGCCUUUAUGAAAGAAAAAACUAGAAGGCAAACUGUUUCACAAGUCUUACUUCAAAGUGAUAUGAUUUUCGUUUUGCAGAUGUUCGGCCUGGCUGUCAGGGCUGGGGUUUGGGGGAGGGGUCUGCGGGCGGGGUCUAGCUGCCUUUAGAGCUAUGCUUUCUCAGAUGGAUUACUCAGUGCCAUUUUGAACCAUUAGCCAGGUCAGGAUAGAACUGCCACAAAAUGCAAAAUGGAGGAUCUCAUCCUCCAUGACAGAAAAGUAAAUCAGAUUCAAAACACGUGGAUAAUGAAUGAAGACGAUGUAGCAUGCAUACUAAAUCUUACCUAGGGGGAUAUGGAUGCUGCCAUGGCAUUACUUGAAAUGCUAAAGCUUCAUGGCCUUAAGUGGAAAUAGUUUGACAUUUAGUUCUGAAAAUACGGUCUGGUUUGGUGGUGUUGUUUUUUUUUACAUUAGUCCCUACUGGAUUGUGACCAAAGUGGUCAAUGUAGGGCCCGGGUAUCUUCUAGAAGGGUGGAGCCACCAUGUGUCUCUGCAUAGGCCAUGCAUUGGAUAGUACGGCUAUCUGUGAUGUGGCCUUGUGUUUUAGCAUGUGACUGGUAUCUGUAUUUAGAUUAGAGUCAACAUACAAGCACCGGAUACAACUACAAGUUCCUUCCAUGCUGGAUGUGUUUGGUAUCAAGAUUUGCUAUAUGAAACACAUUCAAUCACGUUCAACGCAUCAAUCUCCUAAACAUAGAUUUGUCUUCCAAUGGCUGCUCACAAAAAUUAAUUCUUCAGUAUCAUACUUUAUGAUUAGGUCCCUUUGUUUGUAUAUAUCUUUAGGUAGCUAUGUAACAUUUUUGCCUCUUUCAUAUCUUUACAAAUGAUCAUUUCAAAUCAUGUUUCUUUUUUGUAUGUGCAAACAGAGACGGAUAAUACUACAUGAAUAGCCGUGAUAAAGUACGAAGGCCCUGUGUGAACACUGCAUCUCACCCCCCACCACCCCCUUUGUAUUCUGAAUUUGAAUGGCUGCAACCAUGGAAAUCCAAUCAGUCCCCUGCAUUUUGAAUCAGGUGAUUUAAUGUAAAUGUUCUCAACUGAUUAAAUAGUGUUAGCCUUGAAUGAAAUAUCUUAUAUCUUGUCAUCUUAUAAUUGUUGGAGGUCUCCUCUUUUUUUUUUUAAAGAAUGGGUCUCUCUUGUGCCAGUGGUUGAAAAACGACUCAACCGAUUUUGAGACUGAAGUUCAGAUUUCUCCUGCAUAACGUAGCUACUGUUGUUGUUUCAAGCAGAAAAUGAUUCGUAAAUAUUUGAAUACUGCCUGUGAGGGACUGUUGCGAUGAUAAGAAGCGUUUUUUUUUCCUGUUGUCAUUUUACAGUUGUAAUGAAUAAACUGCCCUGAUCUGCAAUUUAA